AUGGCUAAGUACAGACUUGUUCUCUUGAGACAUGGGGAAGGAGCCUGGAACAAGGAGAAUCGCUUUUGCAGCUGGGUGGACCAGAAGCUGAGCAGUGAUGGGAUAAAGGAAGCUCAGAACUGUGGCAAACACCUCAAAGCACUGGGCUUCGAGUUUGACCUCGUCUUCACCUCUGUACUCAGGCGCUCCAUCCAGACUGCAUGGCUCAUCCUGGAAGAGAUGGGCCAGGAGUGGGUCCCCAUUCAGAGUUCCUGGCGACUGAAUGAACGUCACUAUGGUGCACUGAUUGGUCUCAACAGAGCAGAAAUGGCACUAAAUCAUGGGGAGGAGCAAGUGAAACUAUGGAGGAGAAGCUAUGAUGUUACACCACCUCCCAUAACUGAAUCUCAUCCUUACUAUGAAGAAAUCUACAAUGAUCGCCGGUAUAAAUGCAGUGAUGUCUCUCAAGAUAAUCUCCCAAAGGCUGAAAGUCUAAAAGAUGUGCUUGAUAGACUCCUUCCCUAUUGGAAUGAAAAGAUAGUGCCAGAACUGAAAAGUGGCAAAAUGAUCCUUAUCUCUGCUCAUGGUAACAGCAGCAGGGCAUUGCUGAAGCAUGUGGAAG